AUGCAUUUAUCUAGUAAAAACGAAUGGAAUAAAAUUAUUGAGAUCAGAGAGUCUGAAGAUCAUGUGACAGCGUCUCCGAUUGACGUUGCCAAUGCUCCGUAUUCAUAUGUAGCUGAAAUUAAAGUUAUUGAUUCAACAAUGGGUGACGAAAGUAUGCGUCGAUCUUAUAAUCUAAAAUUUUUACAAAUUUCUAACCCACUAUUAUAUUUUAGUCGGUUCCAGUGCCCCGAAGUUGAUCAUACCUGGGCCUUAGUAGAAGUUUCUAAUAAUAAAGGAACUGGCGCGUUCAGUGAUAUUACUUAUAUCCAAAUAGUUAACACUGCUUAUGGUAAUUCUCCGGCUAAAAGUGAAUGUUGCGGAAAAUAUCCUGACGGAAAUAUUUCCAGUAUUCCUACCCAUGGUACCUUCUUAUUCUAUAAAAAAUGUUAA